UCUUCCCUCCACCGCCAAUGUUUUCUCCAUCCAUUUCUACCACUUUCUUCACCAUUUCUACACCAAAUUUCAGAGGAAUUUCAAAGGGAAGAAUUUUGAGAAAGGAAGAAGAAGAAGAAGUUCAAGAAGUUUUGUUGAAGAAAGACAAGAGAAUUGCAAGCAAAGCUUCAUCCUUGGCAGAAAUUGAUUCACACAGUACACCUCUAAUGUUCUGUUGAUUCCGAGCUACACAAAGAGAAUUAAGAGGUGAGGUUUACAUUUACUGAAAGCUAAUUCAUUUUCAGAUAAAUUUAAAGAAGAAAGUUUGAGCAAAUUGGGAUGUUCAUUGGGUGAUUUUUGAUGAAGAAAACAGGGUAGCUGGUUUUCACGCGAUUUCAGGAACAAGUUCAAGAAGUCUUGUGCGCGCGAUUAUUGAAGUUGUUCUGUUUCGAGGUUAUCUGAAUUUAUUCACAGGGAAUCAGUGAAAUGAUGUAAUUUUUCUUGAGAAAGAAAUACAAGGUUACUAUAGGCUAUAGCCAUGUACAUCUCCAAACUUCAAGCUUCCAUGGCUAUGUAUGAAGCAAGGAUGUUUAUCAAGCACUAUGAAAAAGAUGGUGAUGCUGUUCAAGUAAAAGGUUUCAAUGAUGUUCGAAGUUCAACGCAAAUUGGUUAUCAAGGAAUUGUACCCAAAAUCCUAAAGUCUAGUGACGAUGUUGCACACAAGCUUAGUUUAGAAGCUCAUAUACAACCAACUCAGCAAACUGGAGGAAAGGGUAAAAAGUCCAUCGCAAGGGCUCUUGACAUAAAGUCAUCUAAUAUGUCAUUUAGUCGACAGCAAAUAAAGGAAAUUUUUCGAUAUCAUGAUAACAACAAUGAUGGGUUUCUUAACAUAAUGGAACUCACUAAAGCUUUCGCAUUUUUAGGCUCAAUGUUUCCAUUUUACAAAGCUUGCUACGGAAUGGUAUAUGCGGAUGCAAAUGCAGAUGGUCUUAUCAGUGAAGCUGAGCUCGACAAACUCAUUGAUUAUGCGACUAAAAUUAUCAAGAAGAAAUAAACUUUUACCCAAUUUUCCCAUGUGUUUCAGAUGUGAUAUAUAGGUGAACUUCAAACGAUUACUAAAAUUAAAUAAAUAUUUAAACACAUAUGUAAAAUAAUAGUAUAUUUGAAAUUAAAAUUACCGUUUUUUUUGAACA